UGACAAUGUUUUGAUAGCCGAAGAACGCUUGGAUUUUUCCAAAUGAAUACUUUAUAUGGCUACCAUGUUUGCUUUGGCUGGGAAGUGGAUAAUUGAUAUUUAAUAUCUCUGUUUGUCGGUUGGGGGCAUUUGACAAAUAUUUUACAAUUCACUAACUUUUCCAGCCGUGCCCGCCCCCAAUGUUGAUACUUGUCCAAUAUCCGAUAAAUCGCGCAAUUAUGAUUGAUAAUAAUAAUCAGGCGUGUCGGUAAACAUUCCAUUCUGCUCAAAUCUGUUUACCCUAUAUAAUUGACAGGCGCUAAUGUUUUCUCCAUCAUCAACGAAAAAUUAUAGUGCUCAACCCCCGAUCGAAGCGCGUAGAUUGAGCGUCGCAAAGCCCAAAUGUUCCUGCUGAAACACAAGCGCAUCAAGCCAGCAAAAGUUUUUCUGCCCCCUGCAUUGAAACCGUCCUCAAAACCCCCAAAGUCUAUCCUAUGCUCUUUCAGAUUGUUCAUGCGUAUCUCCCAUAUUGUUGGCAUGCUGCCGCAGGAGAACUUCAGCAAAAGCCCUGAAGACCUCAAGUUCAAGUGGUUGAGCUGGAGGGCGAUUUACUCCUUGCUGAUCAUCAGUGCUCUUCUUCUGGCUGUGACUUGUUGCUUCAUGCACUGGGUUCUGCACGGGAGCAGCAUAUCGGGAGUUGCUACCGCAGUCUUUUACGGGGGAUCGCUCAUCACUGUGCUGCUGUUCUUCUAUCUGGCGCUCUCGUGGUCCAAGUUGCUCAAGUCUUGGCAUGCUAUUGAUCGGACGAUGGCCGCAACUUACGGAUAUCCGGAGAAGUUGGACAAGCAAAUCCGAGUGCUGACUGCGGUUUUCUUAACUUUGGCCAUCGUUGAUUAUCUUUUGAGCGUCGCCAAUAAAUACGAGCAUCUAAACUACGCUAGUGGCUACCAAUUGACGACUUUUGCCUAUUUCAACGAUACAUUUCCCCAGCUCUUCGCCUAUAUCCCGUUCUCUAUUGGUACCGGGAUUUUUUGCACUGCGAUAACCGUACAUUCGAACCUCACUUGGGCUUUGAACGAUUUAUUCAUCAUCAUUGCCAGCAGCGCUUUGGCCAUGAGGUUCAGGCAAAUUAGCCAGAAGUUGAUUAAGGAACGCGAUGAUUUCAAGCUUUUCCAGCACGCCCAGUUAAGCUUCUGGAGGCAAAUCCGUGAAGACUACGACCGCUUGACCCGAUUCUGCAAAGAGCUGGACUGCUACAUCUCCGUGAUCGUGCUGCUUUCCUACUUCAUGAACAUCUUUUCCUUGCUCAUUCAGCUCUACCGCAGUUUAGAGUUUAUUUCUUUACCAAUUCGCAAAGUCUACCUGAUAUUCUCCUUCGGGUAUCUGAUCUUCAAAACCACCAUGGUCUCACUUUACGCCGCCUGGAUCAAUGACGAAAGCAAAGCGUUUACUCAUAUUCUGAACUCAGUGGAUUCCACAUUGUAUAACACUGAGAUCAGAAGACUGUUGACGCAAAUCAGUUUCGAUAAAACCGCCUUGACUGGAUGCAAGAUGUUUGCGGUUAAAAGAGGCACCAUUCUAAGUGUGGCCAGUGCGAUUGUUACGUAUGAGCUGGUCCUGAUCCAGUUCAGCCAAGCCAACUUGUACGACACUUAUUAA